AUGGUUCUCGGGCGAUACCUUGGCGCAGUUGCGUCUCUGGGGCUGUCUGUCCAGGUGUUGGCUCAUCUGAAUACCACUUCCACAGGUUUCAAAGGCUGCGACGCCCUUCUCAACGCCGGACUCGGAGAUGUCUUGGUCUUCCCCACGGACCUCGCCUACACCGAGAGCACCUCGACGUACUACUCUUCUGAGAACCGCCGCCUGCGUCCCUACUGCAUCGUCCAGCCCCGUUCUUCAGUCCAAGUGUCCGAUGCCGUAAAGGCCCUCAGUGGGCUGAGUGGUGCUGGCAACUGGGAUGUUGCAGUCCGUUCCGGGGGCCAUAGUGACUACGACAACAACGCCGUGAAUAGGGGCGUCACGAUCGAUCUGACCUUCUUCAACUCCACCGAGCUCGUCAAGAGCAACUGCUUGAACGGAAGCGCUACUUGGGUCGGCAAAAGCACACUGACCAAGAACGUUGCGCAGAUCCGGCCCGGCGCCCGCUGGGGUGAUGUGAUGACGACGCUUGAGCCAUACAACUUGGGAGUUACCGGAGGUCGCUCUGGCCAUGUUGGCGUUGGUGGCUUGCUCGUCUCUGGCGGGGCCUCGUACCACACUCAGCUAUACGGGCUUUCGUGCGACAACGUCGUCGGCUACGAGGUUGUGCUUGCCGACGGCUCCAUCGUCGAGGCCAACCUCGAGGAGAACCAGGACCUGUUCAAAGCCCUCAAGGGUGGCGGUAGUAAUCUGGGCAUCGUCACUCGCUUCGACUUGCGCACCUUCACCGUGCCCCCCGAGGGUGCCUACGGCGGUCUCGUUUUUGCUUCCUGGAGGGACUUGGACGUCAUGAUCGGCCAGUUCGUCAGCUACGCCAGCUCCAUCGGCACCGGUAGCCCCGAUCACGAGUUCCUCGUCUACCGUUCCGACUAUGGCAACCUCGCCGUCAUGGCCAUGUCCGUCAGCACCGAUGGCAACGAGACUUCGUCGACAUUCGUCGCUUUUGACACCAUCGCCCUGACGAUAGACAGGAGGGUGAAGCAACCGCUGAGCAAGAUCGCCGCCACCAUCGCCGACACCGGCGGCUCCCACUACAUCCCCUUUACUCUUUCCCUCCAAGCCACCAAAGAGGUCAUGAACAAGGCCGCCGACAUCUUUGUGGCCCUGACACGGGAGUUCGAUGGUUCCGGUAUUCCCGUCUCCGUCAACUUCGUGUUCCAGCCCCUUCCCAAGAGUCCUGCCGCGGUCACCCCCGGAGGCAACAUCCUCGGCUUCGACAUGAACCUGCCUGCCGACUCGAUCCUGUUCGAAGCCAGAGGCACCCUGGCUGCUGUUGACGCCGGAUACGGCGGCAUUGUUCAGAGUAAGAUGGGCCAGGCGAUCGAGGAGCUGAGGGCGUACUCUGCUUCCCUGGAGGGCCACUCGACCUACAUCUACAUGAACUACGCCAACCCCGAGCAAGACGUCUUAGGAUCGUACGGUGCUGAGAACGUCGAGUUCCUUAGGAAGACUGCGGCCAAGUAUGACCCGACAGGGUUUUUCCAGGACCGUGUGCCUGGUGGAUGGAAAGUGAGCCGAGUUUAA